AUGCGCGCCCCCGAGUGGAUGAGCAAUGAGAUAUCGCGGUUCACCUCGAAACUGGAACGCUACAAGCCAACGGGCAGUGGCUAUAACCGCAUCCAGUCGAUUCGCCUGUCGAAGAGCGUUACGCAAAUGCUGAACAAUCCCAUGCCGGCGGCACAAAAGGAUCAGGAGAGCUCCAUCACGACACCUCGCCGGCGUGGCGUCCUCAGUCGCAGCGAAUCGGAGUGGGAGGAGGUGUAUCCGGCCGUAAAGUUUGUCCGCCAACAGAGCAGCGAGAGUGCCAGCAGCGGAGAAAGUGAGAUCCGCUUCGCACACUAUCGGAAUUGUGCCACUCGAAUUCCCUAAAAGGGGAUUGUACCAUCGUGUCCAUUUUGCAAUAUUUGUAAAAUUUUAUCUUUCUUAAGUAUUAAAUAAAAUAUAAUUUAAAAGACA